AGUGCUUCAGUUACUCCGUUUAGACCUUGAACAGCGUUUUAAGUAACACCUCAAGCCAGUGAUACUGCCAGCCUGGAUGUAAUAUUUGUGUCUUCAUUUUCUUGUGUCGAUCCUGCACACAGCCUGGCACCAUGGGCUCCACGCCUGAGACUGUGCCCAUUCCUGGGCCCAAAGGUCUCCCCUUUGUCGGCAGCAUGCUUGACGUCAACAUAGAGCUUCCACUGAGCACUUGGGAUGGCUUCGCCGACGAGUACGGGGAUAUAUUUCGUGUCAACUUUCCUGGGCGCACAACCGUCUGGGUGACCACACAGGCGCUCGCGCACGAGCUCUGCGACGAGAAGAGGUUCCGCAAGUCCAUCAAGAACGCGCUCAACCAAGUCCGGAACGGAGUCCACGAUGGCCUGUUCACGGCGCGCGACGAGGAGCCGAACUGGGGCGUGGCUCACCGCAUCUUGAUGCCCGCCUUUGGGCCCGCCUCGAUCCAGGGCAUGUUCCCCGACAUGCUCGAGAUUGCAACCCAGCUGGCGCUCAAGUGGGCGCGGCACGGGCCCGAGACGCCCAUCAUGGUGACGGACGACUUCACGCGCCUCACGCUCGACACGCUGGCGCUGUGCUCCAUGAAUUUCCGCUUCAACUCGUACUACCACGACGCCAUGCAUCCUUUCAUCACCGCCAUGGGCGACUUUCUGACCGAGUCUGGAACCCGGCAAUUGCGGCCUUCGUUCGCUGGUAUCUUUUACCGUCAAGCAAACAAGAAGUACUGGGAGGACAUCCAAGUGUUGCGCGAUACCGCCCAAGCCGUUCUCGAUUCCAGGAAGAAGCACCCGAGCGACCGCAAGGACUUGCUGACAGCCAUGCUGGACGGCAUCGAUCCAAAGACUGGCCAGAAGCUCAGCGAUUCGUCCAUCAUCGACAACCUCAUCACGUUCCUCAUCGCCGGCCAUGAGACAACGUCAGGGCUGCUCAGCUUUGCCUUUUACCAGCUCAUCAAACACCCGGAGGCGUAUAAAAGAGCACAGGCCGAAGUUGACAGUGUGCUAGGCCGCGGGACCAUCACGGUAGAGCACACCAAGAAGCUCCCCUAUAUCUCCGCCAUCCUCCGUGAGACGCUGCGUCUCAGUCCCACAAUCCCCAUCAUAGCCCUCGAAGCAAAAGAAGACACGGUCAUCGGCGGCAAGUACCACAUCCCCAAAGAACAGAUGGUCCUGCUGCUGCUUAGCAAAAUCCACCUCGACAAGCGCGUCUACGGCGAGACGGCCGAGCAAUUCGUGCCGGAGCGCAUGCUCGAGGAGAAUUUCGAGCGCCUGCUGAAGGAGUUCCCGGACUGCUGGAAGCCCUUUGGCAACGGCAUGCGGGCGUGCAUCGGGCGGCCCUUUGCCUGGCAGGAGGCGGUGCUGGUCAUGGCCGUGUUGCUGCAAAACUUUGACUUUUCCUUCGACGACCCGAACUACUCGCUCCAGUACAAGCAGACCCUCACCGUCAAACCCAAGGACUUUUACAUGCGCGCCACUCUCCGCCACGGCCAGACGCCCACCGAGCUCGAGCACCGUCUCUGCGGCGGGCUCACCGCGCCGAGUGCCGGGACAAAGUCCAAAUCAGGAACGGUCACCCCAACCUCGGUAUCUGCCACAGCGGCCAAGGACCGGCGGCCCAUGAGCAUCUACUACGGGUCCAACACUGGCACUUGUGAGAGCCUGGCCCAGCGCCUGGCCAUGGACGCGGCAUCCCACGGGUUUGCCGCCACCGUUGUAGAGCCGAUGGACGCGGCAAAGGCAAGCCUUCCCACCGACCGGCCCGUGGUCAUUAUCACGGCGUCGUACGAAGGCCAACCGCCCGACAACGCGGCGGAAUUCUGUGGCUGGAUCGAGGGGCUGAAGGGCGCAGAGCUGCAAAAUGUCUCGUAUGCCGUGUUCGGUUGUGGCCACCACGACUGGAGCCAGACGUUCCACCGGAUCCCUACACUAGUCGAUCGUGUGCUGGAGGCCCGUGGCGGGUCGCGCAUUUGUAAACUCGGCUUGACCGACGUGGCCGAGGGCGACAUGUUCACCGACUUUGAGCAGUGGGAAGACGAAGUGUUUUGGCCCGCACUGGAAGCCCGGUACGGCGGGGCAGCGGCGGCUGGUGCUGGCACCGAGGCCCCCGAUAGUGAUGCCCUGUCGCCCCGCCUUUCCGUCCGCUUCUCUAACCCGCGUUCCUCGACCCUACGCCAGGACGUCAACGAGGCAACUGUUGUCAGCGAGAAGUUGCUCACGGCCCCCAUAUCCAGCGCCACACCCAAGAAGCACAUCGAGAUCCAGCUGCCCGAGGGCGUGACGUACCGUGUCGGUGACUACCUUGCGGUGCUCCCCGUCAACCCGAGGGCGACCAUCUACCGGGCGAUGCGACGAUUUGAGUUGGCUUGGGAUGCGCACAUCACGAUCGGGUCCGACCGGUGGACGGCCCUGCCGACGGACAAUCCGGUGCCCGUUUUCGACGUCCUCGGUUCGUACGUCGAGCUAUCGCAGCCUGCCACAAAGAGGGGCAUCCUAACGCUCGCCGACUCCACCACCGACUCCAAAACCGCCCAACAACUCCGCGAUCUCGCCGGUCCGUCCUAUGCCACCGAAAUCAGCUUCAAACGGACCUCCAUCCUCGACCUCCUCGAGCGCUUCCCCUCUAUCUCCCUCCCCUUCGGCACCUUCCUGUCCCUCCUCCCCGCCUUACGUCCACGACAGUACUCCAUCUCCUCCUCUCCCAUAUCCAACCCCUCACGGGCAACCCUCACCUACAGCCUCUUCGAAAAACCCUCCCUCGCCUCCCCCGCUCACAAACACGUAGGCGUCGCCACCUCAUACCUCGCCUCCCUUUUGCCCGGAGACAAAAUCCAAGUGUCCGUCCGCUCAACACACGCCUUCUUCCGCCUCCCCUCACCACAACACGCCGAGACAACCCCGCUCCUCAUGAUAGCCGCGGGCUCCGGGAUAGCCCCCUUCCGCGGGUUCGUGCAGGAGCGCGCGGCGCAGCUGGCCGCCGCCGGUCCGAGUCGCAUUCUCGCGCCCGCGCUGCUCUUCUUUGGCUGCCGCUCGCCGCGGGUUGAUGAUCUGUAUCGGGACGAGUUUGAUAAGUGGCAGGCCAUGGGCGCGGUUGAUGUUCGGAGGGCGUUCAGCAGGGUCGAUCUUGACUCGAGCGAAGCAGAGGAGGCACGUGGGUGUAAGCAUGUCCAGGACAGGCUGUGGCUUGACCGGGAGGAGGUCAAGGCUUUGUGGGAAAGGGGGGCGAAAGUGUAUGUGUGCGGCUCGAGGCAUUUGGGGGAGGGGGUGAAGAAGGCGUUGGGAAGGAUUUUGAUUGGGGAGGAAAAGGAGGAGGAGGAGGUUGGGAAGUGGUAUGAUAGUGUGCGUAACGAGCGGUAUGCGAUAGAUGUGUUUGAUUAGUCUGAGGGUGUCUGUAGGAGGAAAGGGUUGUUGGCUGUUAGAAGGCGGGGUGGAGGAAAUCGUCGAG